AUGGCAUCAACUCUGGGCCAAAUCAUCCCCCUCAUCAUCGCCAUCGCCCUCCUCAGCGGCGGCGGCUGGGUCCUCUACCAAAUCUACCUCUCCUUCACCAAGAUGCGCGAGACCGCGUCCGAGCGCAUGGGCCGCAAGAACGUCGUCUUCACAAAGGACGGCGUCCGCGUCGGCGUCAAGCACAUGCAGAACGAGAAAUACGUCGACAAGACCCAGAGCUACGUCGUCAAGGCUUGGAAUCUGGGGACCGCGCAGAGAGACGAGGAGAUCAUCUUGGGAAAAUGCGGUGUGGAGGAGCUUCUUGUCGCCAAACUCAACGGCUGUCGCUGGAUUGAACAAGACAUCUAA